CGGAAUUGUGAUUUAAAGCUGAAACUGUCAACGCUGGUUUAAGUGUGAUAUGAGUGUCUUGACGUGACACUCUUAUACCUGCACUAAUUGCAAAAUAAAAAGGUGAAUAAGUAGUUGAUCUAGAAAUAAAAUCUGGGAAUAAAAAGCAUCGACUUGGAUUUGAAGAUCAACAAAACUAUAAUUAUUGGAAAUCACUUCUUGAGACAAAACUGAAUUCAAUUGUUACCAGUAAUACACCACUUGAUACAUCUGAUGGUUCGAAAACAGCAGUUUCAUUCUCUACAAAUGUUCGCGAUGAAGUAACAAAACGAGUACUUAAAUUGUCUGAAGAAUGCGUUUUAUCAGUUGAUAGCGAUAAGGUUGUGAUAGAACAAAAUAAUGAUAAACAAUGGACGUUCAAAAUGAGUCACAUAAAAAGUUGUGAUGUAAAUGAAAAUGAAUUAAUAUUGGAAAUUAGUCAAGAAGCAUAUGUUCACGGCAAAUUAAAAUUUUUAUUUUCAUCCAAUCUUGAUGCACGUGCAAUUUAUCUAAUUUUUCAAGUCAACAUAGAGAAUGCAGCUAAUCGAAAAAGAUUUCAACAAACUACACUUACGUCAGAAGAAGCGGUUUCCACAAUAAAACAUACAAAUACCACAAACCAGUUAACAUCAAUAAAUCGAACAGCGACAAGCAUGAAAGAGUCAUCGAAACUCACUCGUAAAGAAUCGUCAUCUAUAAAACAUGCUACUCAAUCAAAACCGAUCAUAUAUCCGAGAGCAAAUGGUAUCCAAGCUGGACCAUUGCCUCAAUCUCCAAGAGAAAAAGCUCCUGUUAUCGAUCAAAAGAUUAAGAACAUUAAUCGUGAACUAGAAAGUUGUAUCCUGCGGCAAACAAGGAAACCACCUCCACCAAUACCACCAUCAACACCACCACCACCAGUAUCUAUCAAGACAGGAUCAUCGUACUAUAAUGCGCCUGAUUCAUUACCAAAUAUGUCCGAUCACUAUAACACAGAUUCUUCGGGUGUUUAUGGCGGCCACUAUGCAGCAGUCAAAAAAUCUCGCAUUCAACAUACGCAUACCUAG